AUGUUAGGACCAUCGACCGAUAAGGAAUCGCAAGAGAAGAUUAUUGAUUAUGAAAAAAUUAAUCUUAGUGAAUACAACUAUGUUAUAAAUAAUUCUGAUCAUUCAGAUGAAGAAGAGGAUGAUGAUGAUGAUAUAUCUGACAAUAAUUAUAAAAAUGAUAUAAAAACAGAUUAUAAUAGCCUAAAUAAUAAUGCAAAAUAUAAAUCUUAUAUGAAUUCAAAAGUAUCUUUUCCAGAUAGCAAUGGAAAGGACAAUACUAUUGAUCAUAUAAAUAAAAAAAUUGAAAAUGCACAAAAUGUAAAUGAAUCAAUAAAAGGAUGUGAAGAAAAUCGAAUGAGCGAUGUUAAAGACAUUGAUAACACCCUGAAAAGUGAGUCUAUCACAUCUAUUCAUAAUAAUAAAAAUAAUUUAAUCAAUAAUAAUAUUGUAAAGGAUGAAAAAGGCAGGAAUUCCCAAGGGGAUAAUGAACACCAACAACCUGACUUUGGAUCUUAUAUUUAUGUUAGAAUAAAAACAAACAAUUCUAAUAAUAAUGUUUAUAAAUGUAAAAUCGAAAAAAAUAUAAGUAUAAAAAAAUUAAAAAAUAGUUUAAAAGAAAUAAUAAAUGAUAAUAAUGAUUAUAGAAUUAUAUAUAGAGGAAGAUUAUUAAAAGAUAUGGAAAUAUUAUCAAAAUAUAAUAUAAUGUUUAAUGAUGUAUUAUAUGCAAUAAAAUUAAAUAAAAAAAGGAAUGAAAAUGAUGUUGCAUUGGAUUCUGGUAUAACAAGUUCACAAUUAAGUACUAUAGGAGAUGAAUAUAAUGAUUUAGGAAAAAUGGGACAAAAUGAUAAUAUAUCAAAAUUAAUUUCAUCGAUGUUUGAUAAUAGUGAUUUCCUUAAAUCAAUAAUGAAUUCAAAUAAACAACUUCAAAAAUUAAGAGAAAAAAAUUCUGAAUUAAAUCAUAUGUUAAAUGAUUCACAAACAUUAAAGCAGUCCUUUGAAAUGAUUAAAAAUCCAUCACUUAUGAAAGAACUUAUGCGAAAUACUGAUCGAGCUAUUAGUAAUAUUGAAGCUAUACCUGGUGGUUUUAAUACAUUAAGAAGAAUGUAUCAUAAUAUACAAGAGCCGAUGUAUGCAUCUGUAGAAAUGUCUAAUGAAAAAAAUCAAAAUACAAUUAAAGAAUAUGAUUUGAAUUCUUCCUCUCCUCCUACUACAGAAGCAUUUCCAAAUCCAUGGGCUUCUAAAGAAAAUAAUUCACAAAAAAAUAUAAACAUGGAAAAUAGAUUAAAUAAAUAUUUACUUCCAGAUAGUAAUAUGUUUAAUGAUAAUGGAGAAAUUAUUCCGAUUAAUAAAAUCGGAAACAAAUAUAAAGGAACCAAAGGUAAGUUAAUUCCAAUUAAUAAUACUAAUGAUAAUAAUGGAAUUGAAAAUGGGAAAAUUCCAAGCAAUGAUCUUUUUAGAAGUAAUCUUUUUGACAUGCUGUUAAAAUAUAAAAACCCUGUAAAUGCUAUUGGAAAUAAUACCGACCCCCAAAACCCAUUGCUAUCGAGCGGUGCGGCUAGCAAUGUAGCUAUCAAUAAUAAUAAUAAUAAAACGAAUGGCGGAACGAAUAGCGGAACGAAUGGCGGAACGAAUGGCGGAACGAAUGGCGGAACGAAUAAACGUUUUGAAAAUAGCGCUAUGAAUAUUUUUGGGAAUAAUGGAAAUUUGUUUGAUCCCAAUUUAAUGAAUAGUUUAUUGGGAAAUGACAUUUCAAUGAAUAACGGACUUUUAAAUUCUAACUUAUUUAACAGUUUGAUGGGUCAAAACCCGAAUAAUGAAAAUUCAAAUGUAUUAAAUAUGUUUAACCAGAUGAUGUCAAAUUUAAACAAAAAUAUGAACAUGAAUAAUAAUGUAAAUAAUGGUAAUUUAGGAAAUGAAAUGUUAAAUAAUUUGAAUAUAUUAAAUUUCCAAAAUAAUAGAUUAAAUUCAUUAUUUAAUCAUAAUGUAAAUGUGUCGAAUAAACAUGUUAAUAAUAAUGACAAUAAUUCAGUCAUAAAAAAUGUUAAUAUAAAUGAAGAAAAGAAAGAUGGAAAUUUAUCUGCUGAUAUACAAAAUCGUGAAGAACAACAUAAUACCGAUAUAAUAAACCCUGAACUUGAUUUAAAAAAACAGAAAGAUGAUAAAAUUGAUUUAAAUAAUGAAGGAAAAGAUAAAACUGUCACUUCUAAUAAUUUGAAUAAACAUGAUGAACAAGAGCGUCUUAUUGCUUUAUAUCAGGAUCAAUUAACUUCGUUAGAAUUGAUGGGAUUUACAGAUAUAAAUAAAUGCAUAAAAUCAUUGGUUCAAGCAAAUGGAAAUAUUGAAAGAGCCAUUGAUUUACUCUUAAGCGAUAUAAAUGCAAAUAGAAACUAA